GUGUUUUAUGCGAAACAGAAGUUCCACAUAAAUUAUAAAGAAAACAAAAUUUUUACAUUGCUGGUAUGUGUGGAAUGGGGGAAGCAUCUGACCCAUAAUGUGGACCAGGCGGAACCAACAGCCUAUAAAUAUUAGAAAUGAACGUCUGGAGGGCAUUUCAUUGACAUAAUCUGGAAGAGGAAAGAACACCACGUUCUGUAUGUAUGCAUUUAUAUUUAUUAAGCUAUUUUUUAAUUGAUGCUACUUACUCAGGCUAGCCUAGGCUUCUUUUUGAAUUCACUUAUAAAAACUUUACUUUUUUAUCAUUAAAAAGUUCAUGUUUAACGUUAAUGCAAAUUAAGUGGAAAGCUAUGCUUGAUGUUUUUAUAAUUAUUAUACUACAAAAUUAACACAUUUCUAUGUUCAUGUGAAGAAUAUUAAAAAAUGGUCAUGCCACAGCUGGUUUUUAUCUUGGUGUUUCAAGCUCUUACAUCACUUCAAAUUUCAGCAGAGAAAGGAUGCCAAACAUCUGAAGUAUCAAUGCUGAAGGAAGAGAUUCGUAUGCUAAAUAAUAAAUUGUUGAUUGGAGAAUGGAAAGUUAUGCAUCUGCGUGCUCACCGUCGAUUCAAGCUGGUUCCCAAACUGGAACUAUCACAGGAAUUCAAGAAUACUUCUGAAAACCACACUGAAACUUCACCAACCCUACCAAGUACUGGAGGCUCAUUAUUAGUUCAUGACAAAGAUUGUACUGAACUAUACGACAGACUAAAACCAGGAAGCGGAUUUUACAGGAUUAAACCCAAACCGUUACUUGAACCGGUCCUUGUGUACUGCGACAUGGAUGAUGGCGGUGGCUGGACUGUGAUUCAGAAACGGAUCAAUGGGAAAGUUGAUUUCGACAGAAAGUGGGAAGAUUAUAAAAAUGGAUUUGGUAAUUUCCAGUCAAGUAAAGAUGAAUUCUGGCUUGGGAAUGAUCAUAUUCAUGCCCUGCUCAGCAAUGGUGAAAAUGUAUUGAAAAUUGAACUGAUGGACUGGAAUGGAGUGAGAUCAUAUGCUAUGUAUGGUAGCAUCAGAGUAUCAGAUGAAAAGGAUAAAUAUAGGCUGCACUACGGGAUGUACAGUGGUCAGGCGGGAGAUGCCCUGUCCGGAGGAGCCAAUAUGGUGGAGCAGUGGUCAGCCUCUCAUAAUGGCAUGCAAUUCAGCACCCGGGACCAAGAUCACGAUCGCUACCUGCAAGGAAGCUGUGCUGCGGAGAACAGGGGAGGCUGGUGGUAUAACAGAUGUCAUGCUGCCAAUCUUAAUGGGAGGUUUUACAGAGGUGGAGAGUACAAAGCCAAAUAUGAUAAUGGUGUAGUGUGGGGCACAUGGAGAGGACUGUGGUACUCUCUCAGACACACGGCCAUGAAGCUCCGGCCCAGCUCCUACAUGGACAACAUAGGGAGUGGAGGAGGACCCGUGGAGUAGCAAGGCAGCUGAACAGUCUCACCGAUCACAUUUGUGUAUUUUACAGUGCCUGUAAGACUUAUUGUAGUUUAUUAAACCUUUCUGGACUGCCAAAAUCAAGAAAGCAUCUUAUUAACUGAUCUUGGUCGAUCCAAUGCAUACAUUGGCUUAUCGUUACAAAACAUUACGAUUAUGAUUUGAUAUUAAUCAAAAUGCUAUAAUUAUUCUUUGUGUAAAAGGGUAAAUAGUAUCAUAAAUAUUUUAACUUUGCAUGCAUUCAUAUAAUAGC